GUACAUACUAUCCUAUUCUACCAGCGACUUGCAGUACCUCUCAAUACUACUAUACCAAACCUCGUACAACCGGUCUGUCAGCAAUCAGCCUGACGUAGAGCUCCCCGCAACCAGGUUCACGAUACAGGCAGGGUGCGCCUUGCAGCACCAUAUUCGACAUGGAGAAACCCAAUGUUCCUCUGAACAAUUCCACCGACCGCGAGGAGCCAUCUGGUCCCACCUACGAGGCCAUCCACCCAGAACACCCAAGCACCACCGACGCCGGCGCACACCACCAGCGCAACCGUGCCAGCAUCUCUACCGUCUCCAGCAGCGACCUAACUGCCGGCGAAGCCCACAGCGAAAAGCGCACCGAUGCUGCCUAUGUCAAAGGCGGGGUCAAUGUUGCCCGCGCCGAGGCCGAAUUCGCUGAGCUCAACCGCGAGCUCUCGCGGACGAGUAAUCUCUCGCGUAGGAUAAGCCGUGUGCAGAGUCGCCAAAGCCACAAGAACACCGCCUCCCAGGAUGUCGAGAAGGCUCCUGCCUCCGACGACUCCUCUGACGAACCAUUCGACCUGCAGGCCGUCCUGCGCGGCAAUCGUGACGAGGAGGAGGCCGCUGGCAUAAAAUCCAAGCGCAUUGGUGUGGUGUGGGAUGGUCUGACUGUCAGCGGCAUUGGUGGCGUCAAGAACUAUGUCAAGACAUUUCCUGAUGCGUUUGUCUCUUUCUUCAAUGUCUUCGAGACAGCCCAAAGCCUUCUUGGGCUGGGCAAGAAGGGCAGAGAGUUCGACAUUCUUAACAACUUUAAGGGUGUCGUCAACCCUGGUGAGAUGGUCUUGGUUCUCGGACGCCCGGGGUCUGGCUGCACUACCUUCUUGAAGGUUAUCAGCAACCAGCGCUACGGUUACACCAAGGUCGACGGUGACGUCGCUUAUGGACCAUUCGACAGCGCCUUCUUUGAGAAGCGAUACAGAGGCGAGGCAGUCUACUGCGAGGAAGAUGAGAACCACCACCCAACCUUGACCGUGAAGCAAACCCUCGAUUUCGCCCUGGAGACCAAGGUUCCCGGAAAGCGCCCUGCUGGACUGUCCCGAACCGAAUUCAAGGAGAAGGUCAUCGACCUGAUGUUGAAGAUGUUCAACAUUGAGCAUACCGCCAACACCAUCGUGGGAAACCCCUUUGUGCGUGGUGUCUCGGGAGGAGAGCGCAAGCGUGUCUCUAUCGCUGAGACCAUGAUUACGGGCGCUUCCGUUGUCAGCUGGGACAAUUCCACCCGUGGUCUGGAUGCUUCUACAGCCGUCGAUUACGCCCGUUCGCUUCGCGUCCUGACCAACAUCUACAAGACAACGACUUUCGUAUCCCUGUACCAAGCGUCCGAAAACAUCUACGACUGUUUCGACAAGGUCUUGGUCAUUGACAGUGGACGUGAGGUUUACUUUGGACCCGCGACAGAGGCCCGCGCAUAUUUCGAGGGUCUUGGUUUCCUCGAGAAGCCCCGCCAAACCACACCUGACUAUCUCACUGGUUGCACAGAUCCAUUCGAGCGAGAGUACAAGGCUGGACGCAGUGAAGAGAAUGUUCCCAGCACUCCCGAAGCGCUUGCUGAAGCUUUCCGAAAGUCAGACAUUGCCGCUCGCGUCGAUGCCGAGAUGACUGAGUACCGCGGCCGCAUGGAACAGGAGAAGCACGUCUACGAUGACUUUGAAGUCGCCGUCAAGGACAGCAAACGCCACGCCUCCAAGAAAUCCGUCUACUCCAUUCCCUUCUACUUGCAGUUGUGGGCUCUCGCCAAACGUCAGUUCUUGCUCAAAUGGCAGGACAAAUUCUCCCUGGUUGUCUCCUGGAUCACUUCUAUCGUCAUUGCUAUUGUCACUGGUACCGUCUGGUUGGAUCUCCCCAAAACGUCUGAAGGCGCUUUCACUCGUGGUGGUGUCCUCUUCAUUGCUCUUCUCUUCAAUGCCUUCCAAGCCUUCUCUGAGUUAGCCAGUACUAUGUUGGGUAGACCGAUCAUCAACAAACAUCGCGCGUUCACUUUCCAUCGGCCGUCUGCACUUUGGAUCGCGCAGAUUGGUGUUGAUCUGCUAUUCUCAUCGGUUCAGAUUCUGGUCUUUAGUAUCAUUGUGUACUUCAUGACUAAUCUUGUCCGAGAUGCUGGCGCCUUCUUCAUCUUCGUACUCAUGAUCAUCACCGGAUACCUCGCUAUGACGCUCUUCUUCAGAACUGUUGGUUGUCUUUGCCCUGACUUUGAUGUCGCUAUCCGUCUCGCGGCUACCAUCAUUACGCUCUUCGUCUUGACCUCCGGAUAUCUCAUUCAGUGGCAGUCCGAACAAGUUUGGCUGAGAUGGAUAUUUUACAUCAACGCCCUUGGUCUUGGUUUCUCCGCCUUGAUGAUGAACGAAUUUGGUCGCCUUGAUCUAACCUGUGCUGGCAGCAACUUGAUCCCAUCUGGACCUGGCUACGGUGACCUCGACCAUCAGGUCUGCACUCUCCCCGGCAGCACUUCUGGUUCUAACUUUGUUUCUGGAACCGACUACGUCAAGCUUUCUUUCAGCUACGACCCCAAGGACCUCUGGCGCAAUUGGGGUAUCAUGAUGGUUCUCAUCGGUGGUUUCCUCCUCGCCAAUGCUUUCCUCGGAGAGUACGUGAAGUGGGGCGCUGGUGGCCGUACUGUUACCUUCUUCGUCAAGGAGAACAAGGAAUUGAAGGACCUUAACAACAAGCUUCGCGAGAAGAAGGAACGAAAGCAGCGCAAAGAGGAUAGUGCGGAUACGGACUCGAACUCGGAUCUGAACAUCACCUCCAAGGCCGUCCUGACCUGGGAAGACCUCUGCUACGACGUCCCUGUUCCCUCCGGUAAUCUUCGUCUCCUCAACAACAUCUUCGGUUACGUCAAGCCUGGUCAACUCACUGCCCUCAUGGGAGCCUCCGGAGCUGGAAAGACCACUCUUCUCGAUGUGCUCGCCAACCGCAAGAACAUCGGUGUCAUCUCUGGUGACAAGCUCGUCGAUGGUAAGCUGCCUGGUAUCGCUUUCCAGCGUGGAACCUCCUAUGCCGAGCAGCUCGAUGUUCACGAACCCGCAACCACCGUCCGUGAGGCACUCCGAUUCUCUGCCGACCUUCGCCAGCCCUUUGAGACCCCGCAGUCGGAGAAAUACGCUUACGUAGAGGAGGUCAUCUCCCUCUUGGAAAUGGAGGAUAUCGCCGAUGCCAUCAUUGGAGACCCAGAAACCGGUCUUGCUGUCGAACAGCGAAAGCGUGUCACUAUUGGUGUCGAACUUGCCGCUAAGCCUGAACUCCUCCUUUUCUUGGAUGAGCCUACCUCCGGUCUUGACUCUCAGAGUGCUUUCAACAUCGUCCGUUUCCUUCGUAAGCUCGCCGGCGCUGGUCAGGCUAUUCUGUGCACUAUCCAUCAGCCCAACUCCGCCCUCUUUGAGAACUUCGACCGCCUCUUGCUCCUCCAGCGUGGUGGACAGUGUGUCUACUUCGGUGACAUCGGCAAGGACGCACACGUUCUGAUCGACUACUUCCACCGCAACGGCGCCGACUGCCCUCCUCGUGCCAACCCUGCCGAAUGGAUGCUCGAUGCUAUAGGCGCAGGUGCCUCCCCGCGCAUUGGAAACAAGGACUGGGCCGAUAUCUGGAAGGACUCGCCAGAGUUUGCUGAGGUCAAGAGCGAGAUCCUCCGUGUAAAGGAUACGCGCAUUGCUGAGGUCGGCUCCGCCGAGCCCAUUGUACAGAAGGAAUACGCAACUCCACUCUGGCACCAGAUCAAGCUCGUCAAUAAGCGCAUGAACCUCUCUUUCUGGCGAACUCCCAACUACGGCUUCACUCGUCUUUUCAAUCACGUCAUCAUCGCCCUGCUCACUGGUCUCAUGUAUCUCCAGCUCGACGAUUCCCGCUCAUCGCUCCAGUACCGUGUCUUCAUCAUCUUCCAGGUCACCGUUCUCCCCGCUUUGAUUCUCGCGCAGGUCGAGCCCAAGUACGCUAUCGCUCGUAUGAUUUCUUACCGCGAGCAAAUGUCGAAGGCAUACAAGACGUUCCCAUUCGCACUGUCCAUGGUCAUUGCUGAGAUGCCGUACAGCGUUCUCUGCGCCGUCUGCUUCUUCAUUCCUUUGUACUACAUUCCUGGCUUGAACUCUGAGUCCUCCCGUGCUGGAUACCAGUUCUUCAUCAUCCUGAUCACUGAAAUCUUCUCCGUCACACUGGGUCAGAUGAUUGCUGCGCUCACGCCCACUCCUUUCAUCUCUUCUCUGGUUAACCCCUUCGUCAUCAUCAUCUUCGCGCUCUUCUGCGGUGUCACGAUCCCCAAGCCCCAGAUCCCGGGCUUCUGGCGCGCCUGGCUUUACCAGCUCAACCCCUUCACCCGCCUCAUCGGCGGCAUGAUCGUCACCGAGCUGCACGAGCUCCCCGUCACCUGCACGAACAUGGAGUUCAACCGCUUCACCGCCCCCGACGGCCAAGACUGCGGCUCCUACAUGAGCGACUUCUUCUCCAGCGGCGCCCCCGGCUACCUCCUCAACAACGCGACCAACAUGUGCGAGUACUGCGCCUUCAAGGUCGGCGACCAGUUCUACGAGCCCCUCGGCUACGAGUUCAAGAACCGCUGGAGGGAUUUCGGUAUCUUCACUGCGUUCAUCGGAUCGAACUUGAUCAUCCUCUUCCUUGCUUCUCGCUACCUCAACUUCAACAGGCGAUAAACAUAUCGCACGGAACAUCACCACCCACCUUUCUUCCACGCCUUUUCUUUCCCUCCGAUGAUCCGCACCUUGCUCUCACGGUCGAAAUUCAGUCUCCUUGCCGUUCCAUACUCACUU